GUCGCAGGCAGCAGAGGCAGAGCACAGGCAGGGCAGCGGUGCUGCCCCACCCUGCCCGUGCCCCUGCCUGUGCCCCUGCCUGUGCCCCUGCCCACUGCACCGCUCGCCCACCGACAGCCAGGGCCCGCAGCUGAGCACAGGUGCAGGGUGGUUUCCCUGGGGAGGACCAGGGUGAUGAGCCUGAGCUUGGUGAGCACAAGGUGAAGGUGAUGCUUAUCCAGGUUGUUGGUGAGAGCAGGGCCUGAGGGGGUCUUGGAGCCCCCAACUCCCCAGUGCUCUACAGGCAGUGAGGGGUCCCAAAGGAGGCCUCCCUGCCCUGAGCCUUCUGCUCCCCAUUCCCUGGGAUAGGAGACCCCAUGGAUGACGACCGUCCCCUCUUCACCACCUUCAAGCCCCUUGGAGAGGACAACACAGCCAGAGCCAAGCCAGCAUCCAACACAACCCCCAUCAAGCCCCAGGGGGCAGAGCUGCCACCGGGACACCACAACAGACAUGGCAGGGUCCCUCCAGGCUUCUGGUCACCUCCACCAGCCCAGUCCCUGCCUGAAGGGGACCUGUGGCCAGAGCAGGUGGCCCUGCGUGCCCGGACGAGGCUGUGGUUUGAGCAGACACAAGCCCAGAGGUUGGGGCCUGAGGGGAAGCUCCCAAUGUGGUUCCACGGCUUCAUCAGCCGGAGGGAGGCAGAGGAGCUGCUGCAGGAGCAGCCCCUGGGCUGCUUCCUGGUCCGCUUCAGUGAGAGCACCAUCGGCUUCGUCCUCUCCUACAGGGGCAGGGAUCGCUGCCGGCACUUUGUCCUGGACCAGCUGCCGGACGGGCGCUACGUGAUCCUGGGUGAGCACAGUGCCCACGCCGAGCUGGCCCAGCUGCUGCUGCACCACACCACAGCGCCCGUCGCGCCGUUCCACGAGUUCCUCACGGUGCCCCUGCCGUGCGGACGGAAAGACGAGCCCCGAGGCCGGACACAGCCCCCAGCUGGCAGCGAUGCUGCGCAUUCCCCACUGAAAGAAGCACCAGCAAAGCUCCCGGAGUACAGCUCUGUGUCCCUGGAGCCCCUCAGCGCCGAGGGCGGCUCCGCCAGGGAGGCUCCCGGCACGCCGCCGUCGCUCCCUCCCAAGCCCAGCUCCCGGGGCGCUGCCCGGGGGCCGCGCAGCCCCUCCGGCAGCGCAGCAGAGCCCGACGCUCCCUAUGCCCAGGUGCACAAAGAAGCCGCCCGGCCCGAGCCCCCCGAGGCCAAGUACCAGCAGCUCAUGUGUUUCCACGUCUACGCCGAGCCCCGGGAGGACAUCGCCCCCAGCCCCUCCGGCCGCUGCGAGCCCGAGGAGCCCGGCCCCGAGGAACCCAUCCCCUUCUAUGCCAUGGCCCGGGGCCGGAGCCCCCGCGCCGGCCCCGAGGAGAACAUCUACUCCGAGGUGGCGCUGGCCCUGCAGGAUGUGCCAGCUCGGCUCCCCACAGCCGCCCAAAACGCCUUCUCCACGCUGCCCCCCAAGCCCCGGCCCCAGCGCCGGCUCUUCCGCAGCGUUUCCAGCCAGGACUGCAAGAGGGGGCAGCUCUCAGCAGCUCCCAGCGCGGGCAGGAAGGACAGAGGAGCUGCCAGCACAGGCACGGAGGUCACUGUGAACCCUGCGCUGGAGCUCGAUGACCCCGUGUACGGCCAGAGCACACACAGGGACCAGCAAAGCACGGCCGUGACCGAGAACGUGUACGAGCAACUGCCUGGGGACUGCCCCUAAGCACCUGCACAGGUGGGCUCAGGACACGGCCUGGUCCCCAGGCAGGAGGAACCUGAGCCUCCAUCUCACUGCAGGAAGCCCCUGGCCCAGGGAGGAGGGGUCCAAGGCUGCUGCUGGGCCCAGCCGGCGAUGCCAAUCUGUUCCCUGGGGAGCCCCUGCUCUUCCAGCUUCCCACCCUGUGGGACAGCGCAGGGGGGAGCAGGGUUACCUUACCUGUGAACACAUCCCAAGAGACUUCUGUUAAUAAAAUGAGGGAAAAAAGGCUGUUACAGGAAAAACAGGGACGAAUUUGGCACAGUUGGGUAUUAAAUUGGCCAGAAACUGGAGCGAUGCUGCAGCCAGGGCUGUGUUGAACCUCCCCAGCCUGCAGGCAACACUCCAAGCCUUGCCGCUUUCUCAGCCACAAAACUUGGGGUGACACCACUGUCCCAGGGCUGCCCACGGGGCAUAAAUCCUGGCUGGCACAGCUCUGAGCCACAGUGGUGCUGGGCAGUGCCAGUGGUGCUCCCAGCUCAACAGGAGCAGGGAGCCAGGAUGGCCAAAGCUCCAGCUCAGAGGGAAAAGGAGGGCUGGGGCAUUGUAGCUGCUUCUUCUCUGGGAAAAUUCACUUCUGACUUUUCACAAACCUGAAUUUUGUUGCUUGUAGAAGGCUGAAAGUGGAACACGAGCCCUUGGAACUCCCCUUGGGGCUAAACCCCAGCCAUUACCUCACUGAGAAAUGGAAAGGGGAACCUGGAUGAGGAUCUGAGCCCCCU